AUGCAACCCAUUCUCAGACAUCGAAGUGCAGGGCGAGUGCUGGUUUGUGCCAGCGACGACCGCACCUGCGCUCAGCUCAAGGAAUAUAUCACCCUCGGGCCCGAAGCCUAUUUAACCAGGCUCUACAACAAAACCUUUGGGCCGGGCAAGGGAGGGAGCCCGGCCGGCCCGAAGAACCGGCGAGAGGCCAAGAAUGGCCGUGAGAAGAACGACCGAGAGCCGCCAGCCAAAAAAGCCAAAACGGAAUCCUCCAGGCCCAAAAGGAGGAAGAAAAAGACAGAGUUGACCCUGACGCAAAUGUUGAACCCAGAGGAUCCCGAGAACGUCGAGGUCGAAGAAGAAGAAGGAGAAGAUCCCGAGGGCCUCAACAGCAGCCAGGAGAGCAACGGGGCGAGAUCAGAAGACCUCCAGUUAAAACUCUCCUCCUCCUCCGAUGCCUAUUACGGCAUCCUGAAGGAACCGCUGACAGUCAUCCACCCUUUAAAUGGCUGCGGGGAUCCGUACGCCCUGACCUCCGUCUUGCACGAGGUGGAGCCCCGGUACGUCGUCUUGUACGACGCGGAGCUGACUUUCGUUCGCCAGCUGGAAGUUUACAAGGCGAGCCGAGCGGGAAAGCCGUUGAGGGUUUACUUCCUGAUCUACGGAGGAUCGACGGAAGAACAGCGCUACCUGACCACGCUAAGGAAAGAGAAGGAAGCUUUUGAAAAACUCAUUCGAGAGAAGGCCGUCAUGGUAAUUCCAGAAGAAAGAGAAGGGCGAGAUGAAACCAACUUGGAUUUAGCAAGAGAUUCCACGGCAGCCACUGUUUCGAUCGACACUCGCAAAGCAGGUGGCCAACACCAGAAGGUUGUGCAGCACAGCAUCGUGGUGGACAUGCGCGAGUUCCGCAGCGAGCUUCCCUCCUUGAUCCAUCGGCGGGGCAUCGACAUUGAGCCCGUGACGUUAGAAGUCGGGGACUACAUUCUCACCCCGGACAUCUGCGUGGAGCGCAAGAGCACCAGCGACCUCAUCGGCUCCCUCAACAACGGCAGGUUGUACACUCAGUGCGUCUCCAUGUCCCGCUACUAUCAACGGCCCGUCCUGCUCAUCGAGUUUGACGCCAGCAAACCCUUUUCUCUCACGCCCCGGGCUUCUCUCUUCCAAGAGAUCUCCAGCAACGACGUGAUCUCCAAGCUCGCCCUGCUGACUCUUCACUUCCCGCGCCUCCGGCUCCUGUGGUGCCCGUCUCCGCACGCCACGGCCGAAGUCUUCGAAGAGCUGAAGCAGAACCGGCCUCAGCCGGACGCAGCAGCGGCUUUGGCCAUCACAGCCGAUUCCGAAACCCUCCCCGAACGGGACAAGUACAACCCCGGCCCUAAAGACUUUUUGCUAAAAAUGCCCGGCAUCAAUUCCAAAAACUGCCAGGCCGUCAUGAACCGCGUUGAGAGCAUUGCAGAAUUGAUCGCUCUUUCUCAGGACAAGUUGGCCGAAGUUCUGGGCAACGCCGCCAAUGCCAAGCAGCUCUACGAGUUCAUCCAUCUGCCUUUGACGGAGGCCGUUCCUCAAGGCAAAGCAAAGAGGUGAUGAUGAUGUGUCAUCCCGAGUUUCCAAAGGUGAAGCCAUGAUUCAUGGGGAUUGUCACAUAGGAAUGACCUGGGCAUACAGUUCUCUUUAAGCUGGGCCAGUUUACCGGGGAGAGAAAGGUAAUUCAACUGUCCAGAUGUCCUUUUCUGAUCUGCCAAACCAGGGGUUGGCAACCUUAAACACUCAAAGAGCCACAAAGAUCCUAACCGGAAGCCCCCCGUUCAAUU